AUGGAUCAAGCAGAACUUCUGGAACAACAUGUCCCGAACAUAACACCCCACGAUGGACCUAUCAUUCUGCGUCAGAACCCCUAUGCUGACAUGAGACCUUUCAUCGAGCACCUUUGGGAAGAGCGCCGCGAGAUGUGCUGCAACAUCUAUCUCGACCAGUUCCCACGCGGCACUACAGAGAACGGCGCCACCAAGCAAGAAGAGGAUGCGUUUCUGCUUGACUACUUCUCUGAACGUGAUCUUCACCUGCAAGGCGGUCGCUUCUUGAAACAGGUCCUUUAUGCUAUCGCCAAAUUCAAUGAGCACAGCGUCCUUUCUCACGCCGAGAGUUGGUGGAGAGCCUACAACUUCUGCGUGGUCCCUGAAAUGGAUGCCAGUCAGAUCAGACAAGUCCUUGAUCAGCACCAUGGAGCCAACUUCCCCGAUUCCUUUUUGACUCGUGUCGUUCUUCUCAUCAGUGAUGGAUACAAACGCUUGUACAGUCCAGAGAACCAGCCACCCACAGUCGUCACCGAAGCCGAGACUGUUCCCGCUGUUCGGCAGAGACGUGCAUCUGCUGCGUUUAUGCACGAUGGUGCAGCUCAAGCUAUGGCACCCGCUGUCCAACACCAGCAGCAGAGGCAUAGAACUGCCUCGAUUCCAGGCACCUCGCUCCUGCAUAGCAAUGGCCAUGGCCAUGGCCAUGGCCAACCAUACGGCAGUCGCCCUCGUCAAUUCCAUAAGCAAGAAUACCGCGGUCGUAGUCGACGUCCAUCUGCCGCCAACUUCCCCGAUUUCGACCCCAACAUUGCCUUUGUAGACCCUCGUAUCCAUGCACCAGCUGGCCCGGUAGGUUUCCCAAUGCCACCAGACGGUCCUUUUAUUGCCUACUACCAGCCUGCAUUCUACGCUCCUCUCGAGCCGCGCAUGCCUCUGAACCAUGAUCGCUCCGGUCCUGCAUAUCAUCCAGAAGGCGAUGUUUUGCAUCAACGCUCUGGCUCGUUCAAUCGCCGUGGAGCUCGCCCUCCGAGACUGGUCGAUCCCCAUUCUUUCAGUCGCUAUGGCGAGCCUCAGCCACAGCCUUAUCAAUCUUACGGUCAAAGAGGUGGCCACCGCAAUUCCUUCAACUCUACCAGAGGUCGUCGAUCUUCAUUCCGCUCUAGUGACAACUGGCAAGGGCCUAGAGAGUCCAGGCUAUCCGAUAGGAGAGUCCACUCUGACCACCGCGGCGGAGGUUUCGCUCAAACCAAGGAGACUCGCACUCUUUCAGAUCUGGCUGGAGACUCUCUAGAUGUCGUUUCACACCCUGAUACCGGAGCCGCCGUAGAAUCCGAUGAGCAAGCCUAUAGUCGGCUUACAUUGCCGUCACUAUCAGAGGAUGGCUCCGCCGACAAGGAACUCGAGAAGCAGGAUAGCUCUCCAAAGACGGUCGAGGACGACAGUUUCCAGACUGCUGCUGAGACUCCAACCGUCACACCGACUGGGAACGUAUCGUAUGAGGAGGUGCAAUUCGCUUCAUCUUCGCCCGCUAGUCAUGCGAAGAGCGACGAGGACGAUCAAGUCGAUGCCCAAGAGACGCUCACCGAAGAGAAGUCAAUUAGUGGAAAGGCAGACUCCGUCCCACAGUCGCCUACCACCACUACAGAGAGCGGAGACGCUGCAAGUGUGCAAACUACUGGACAACAACCCAUAGCUCCGAGAUCAGUUCCAAAGUCAGGUCCAAAGCAGACCGAGUCCUUCAGUCCUUUUGCGCGUCGAGCAAAGACGAUCACGAAGAAGAAGGACCCCAAACAGAAGCUAGGCAAAUCGAAAACCAAGCAAAAGUCUGAACAGCCUGAACAGCCUGAGCAACCUGAGCAGCCGAAGCGACCUUCAGCUGAUACCUCGGUGGGUGUUGAGACUACUGACGAAGAGCGCAUCGAGAGCAAGAUUGAGAGCAAUAACGAGUCUGUGUUCAGUGCAGCCGACCACUGUUCAGAGCAGAGCGAGGAUAACGAGUCACAACCAACAAUGGCCAGUGUCGAAGACCGCCCUGAGUCCCCAAAGCGUUCGACCUUGUCGUCUUACACUGCGCGCCUCAUCAACAAUGCUUUCAGCAGCAUGGGUUCCUCGAACAAGUCUAACAAUGGAGACGAUCCAAACCCCGCAGCUUCUCAACCCGAGACCUCUCAACCCGAGACCUCCCAACUCGAGACCGUACAGCUCGAGGAUCUUCGUAUCGAUACACCUCAACCCGAAAUCGUGUCCUCGGCACCCAAGGGCAAGGCAAAGAACAAGAACAAAAAGAAGAAGAAGAAGGCCAAGAUCGCUGCCUCAGUUCCCGACGAUACCUCUACAGAGACCAUUGCCAACGAAACACCUGCCGGCUCGCCUCCUUCGAACAAGGUAUUUUCUUUGCGCGACAACACCAAUGCGCUGGACAACCGUUUGUCACUCGUGAACAUCAGAGAAGGUUCAAUUGUUGAGCUUCAUGAGAAUGUGAUCAACUACCGUACCAGUCGCCCUGCCCAGCAAGAGAAUCUCUCUUUUUCGGAAGGUCACAACGAGGCGGUGGAGCAGUCGAAACGCAAGAUGGAAGAGAUGUUGGCAAAGGAGAGAAUGCUGAAGCAGAAGAAGAAGUGA